ACACCAACGAACAACCACAGUUUGCAGCUGAAUCAAGCCCUGAAAUCAUAACCAGAAACAAUGAGCGCCAACAAGAUCAUUGUUUAUACAGGCGAAGGAUUUACUGGAGUAAGCGCUGAAUUCAGUCAGAGUGUCGCGGUUUUAAAAGAUCAUGGCUUAGACAAAGUCAUCUCAUCUUUGAAAGUCAUCGGUGCUCCAUGGGUCGGAAGUUACUUGCCUAAUUUUGAGGGGAAAAUACGGGUGUUUGAGGAAGGAGAGUACCCUACCCUUGAAGACAAAGGGCAAUUUUCUUCCCUCAGAAAGAUCACACAAAACCUUGAAAAUCCUGAAAUCCAGCUGUUCAUGGAUACAUAUUUGCAAGGAAGAAGCGUGACUCUAAAGGAGGAAACAAAUCUUCAGAAUAUUGAUUUUAAUGACACGGCCUCCUCCCACAAAGUCAAAAGUGGUGUCUGGGUGCUGUACCAGCAUUGUAAUCGUAGUGGAGACCAGCUGAUUUGCUUCCCUGGACAACAAAUUGAUGAUUACACCAUCUAUGGCUUAAAUGAUGUCAUCAGCCAUGCGCGCCCCUUGCUGCCAAAGAAAUAAAAGGUCUCAUUCAAAAUGCUCUUGCAAUGGCUUAAUAUGAACCUGAACCCUUUUGGAAAGCUUUAGACCGGUGGUGGGGAAUGACAUGGUAACAAAUAAAGGAAACAGCAAUUAACAUGUCUGCCAAAACUGCAAUCAGACUGCCAUUAAAGAAUAUCUGUCUAAAACAUACACAUUGUCGGCCAUCUGCACAAAGGUGUGCCCUGCCUGUGGCCCGAAAUGCCCUAUUGACAACCCAACACCCUGCAGAGGAUAAGCAUGUUUGAAGAUUCAAUGGAUGGAUGGACAUACAUCUUAAUUUUACAAAUGUUAUAUGAAAUGUUGUUUUAAUGGCAGCAGUCAUUUGUCCAGUUUUCACAGAUAUGUACACACUCAAGGGAUCCUGUUAUUUCCUUUACUCGUUUUUGUAUUGAAAGGGUUUUAGGCAUUAUAUUAUGCUUUGUGCAAAAGACAAACUUAAACAAUAAAACAUACAGUAUGUGAAAACGCA